AUGUGUGCUGAGUGCAGUGGAGGUAUGAAAAUUAAGCCUAUAAAACUUCAAGUACAGGGUGAUCCCGUCUUUCUUAAAAGACGAAUAAUUCCUUAUGGUCUUCGAGAAGCAGUACAUAAGACAUUAAACGAUUUGUGUGUGAAAGGCAUAAUUGAACCAAUUCAGUCUUCAGCAUGGGGUACUCCUAUCGUUACGCCACUGAAGUCGGACGGCAAGACCCCUAGAAUUUGUGGUGACUAUAGAUUAACUCUGAAUUCCCGUUUGUUGAAGCAAGCGUGCACGACGGUAGAAGCUGAAGAUAUUCUAAAUCGACUUCAUGGUUCUAAAGUGUUCUCGAAAGUUGACCUAAAAGAUGCUUAUCUUCAAAUUCCUCUAGAUGAAUCUUCAUUUAUUUUGAUGACAUUUAACACUCCUUUUGGUCUGUUCAAAUACAAUUUCCUUCCAUUUGGUCUAAGUUGUUCUCCAGCCAUAUUUCAGGAAGUUAUCAAUAAUGUAGUUAGUGAUCUUGAAGGUGUUGAAGUUUAUCAAGAUGAUCUCAUUGUUCAUGGCUCUAAUAAGGUAGUUCAUGACCAGAGACUUAUUGCUUUAUUGCGCCGUUUAGUUGAGAAGAAUAUAACAGUGAAUCCUAAUAAGUGUUCAUUUUGUGUAUCUAGUUUUGAAUGCCUUGGAUACCUAGUUGAUGGUAAUGGUUUUAGACCAGAUAUGAAACGACUAGCUCCACUGACUAAUGCACCGUCUCCGAAAAAUCUUACAGAAUUACUUUCACUAGUGGGUGCUCUUCAAUACUAUUCCCGUUUUAUUCCUAAUUUUUCUUGUCGUGCAAAUUGUUUAUUUAAUAUUUUAACAUCCAAUUCAUUCAAAUGGAGUGAGGAACAAGAGUCAUGUUUACGAAGUCUGCUGAAGUUUCUUCAAAGUGAUGCUGUUCUUCGAACGUACUCCCCUAAUGUACAUUCUGUGCUUAUUACUGAUGCAUCACCUGUGGGAAUUGGUGCAGUUUUGGAACAGGAAGGUAGACCAGUUAUUUGUGUUUCACGCAAACUUACUGUUACUGAACAAGGUUAUUCACAGACUCAGCGAGAAGCAUUAGCUGUGUUUUGGGCUGUUAAAAGACUUCAUAAAUAUUUAUUCGGAAAGAAAUUCACUAUUGUUACUGAUCAUGAAGCUUUAAAGUUUAUUUAUCAUCCCGAAAAAUCCUUAGCACGUUCCUCAGCAGCUAUGGUUCAGCGAUAG